ACGGGUCAACAACAUAUAUUUUAGGAACCAAAGCCAAUCUCGCAUCGCAUGGAAUUGCACGUCGCCAUGUUGCAUCAUAAAUUGGUCCCCCAUAACUGGCGGACCCACCUGGUUCCUUUUUUUCUCCUUCCUGAAUCGUCACUCAUAAAAUCAAAAACUUCGUAAGAUUCAAAGCUGAUGGCCACUGCGACGUGGAAAUAUAUUUCCUUCCCCUGUAACGCUGAAAAUAAUUGGGAGGGAGAAGAAUGGCCAGCAGGAAUGCUAGUAAUCCAAACCAUGCCAGCAGUUCCCAGCAUUCAAACCAUGCCAGCAGUUCCCAAAUUGUUAUUUCCUCCGUAACGGAUCCUCAACCCAGAAAAUUGUCCAGGAGACCAAAAUAUAAUAGGUUCACACAACAAGAACUUCCUGGCUGUAGACCUUUUCUGACUCCCCAAUGGAUCAUAACAAUAUUCAUGCUGGUUGGUGUUAUCUUCAUUCCCAUUGGAGUUGGUGCUCUCCUUGCUUCUCGGAGUGUGGUUGAAAUUGUGCAUAGAUAUGAGACUGAAUGCAUUCCAGAGAUACAUCGAAUCAACAAGCUGGCCUAUAUUCAAAAUGAUUCAAUUUCCAAAGAUUGCUCUAAAGUCUUAAAGGUUCAAAAGCAUAUGAAGGCUCCAAUUUAUAUCUAUUACCAGCUGGAUCAUUUUUAUCAAAACCAUCGGCGAUAUGUUAAAAGCAGAAGCAACGAGCAGUUAUUGUAUGGUCUGAGGGACAAUAGUACAAAAAGUAGUUGUGGUCCUGAAACAAAUUCAAAUGGUGUGCCAAUAGUACCCUGUGGCCUCAUAGCUUGGAGCUUAUUUAAUGAUACCUACAAAUUUUCUCUCUUUGAGGACAUUGAACUACAUGUCAACAAGACUAAUAUUGCUUGGAAAAGUGACCGGGAACAUAAAUUUGGGAAAAAAGUUUAUCCCUUCAAUUUUCAGAAUGGAUCUUUAAUUGGUGGGGCCAAGCUAGAUCCAUCAGUACCUUUGAGUGAUCAAGAAGAUCUUAUUGUGUGGAUGCGCAUAUCAGCACUCCCAACCUUCAGAAAAUUGUAUGGAAGAAUUGAGGUGGAUCUUGAAGCUGAUGACUACAUUACAGUAGAGAUUCAAAAUAACUAUAAUACAUAUAGCUUUGGUGGCAAGAAAAGUCUGGUGCUUUCCACAACAAGUUGGCUCGGUGGUAAAAAUGAUACCCUGGGGAAAGCAUAUGUUGUCACUGGGAUACUGUGCAUUUUGUUGGCAGUUGUUUUCUUCCUUUCGCAUAUAAUAAUGCCAAGCCGUUUUGAUCCUAAGAAUAUAUCAGGUCACAAAUAUGAUACCGUUGAUCAGUGAAGUCAACCAACACCAAGAGUCUGAGGCUUCAUUUUGCACAAACCAAAGUGGAAUUACUCUGCACAUAGUAACUGUUGCUUUUCUUUCGGACAUUAUGACUUAGGGCUCUACAAAAUUACAUUUGCCCAUCCAUUACUCACUCUUUCCAGUGUAUUCAAUGGAAAGCUAUCAAUAUGCAACAAUGUCACACUAUCCAGGAAAUGGGAAUAAUCUGCUUUUCAACAAGAACGAAUGUAUGGGAUCAUUCAAACGAUUUCUCUUGUUUCCUCUAUAGUUUGGAUUGUACACACUAUUUUUUGACACCUUUGGUAGAUGUCUCUCUUAAAUAAAUGGAUAUUUAUCUAUUCAUUAUUAACCCUAUAAUGUCUCUGCUGGUAAUUAGGCAUUUUGAAGAUGAUUUUUUUCUUUCGGGAAUGUGAAUUGUGGAAAGUUAACCACCAGAUAUUAUGUCAUGUUUUUAAAACUAUUUUUCUUGCAUGAGCUAGUCUUCUGUUUUCUAAUUAAAUGAAUUGUCAAAUAUGCAGAACUGCAAAUUUUGUUAAGAGAAAAUUAAAAGCUGUGUUUAUUUUUUUGGUAGUGAACAAAGGUCCAGGUCAACUCGGUGAGGGGGAUGGGAUGGGGCCACAAAGAGGUGACCUCGUCCCAUCUAUAAAGAGACUCGAACACCGCACCAAAAUUGCUCAGAUUAUAGUAAACUAUUACUAAACUGCAUGCCUAUACUUGUUCUUUGUAUUCUAAUCAACAGUAUAUUUUGUGUUCUCAAAGAAUUUUGUUGUCCUUAUAAUUAGUAAUUAAAACAGCUCUCAUGGGAUAAAGGAUAUAAUCUUUUAAGUCUAAGAUCUCACCGAACAGCUUAUUCAAUUAAUAUAAAAUUGUAAUCUGUUGAGAUUUUAA